AUGGAUGGCGGAGAAGAUCAAAGCAAGCAAUCUACCAGGAGAACCCCUUUCACUGAACUCAAUCAAGUCAGCUCGGAUUUCAUUCUAGCCAUGGCAAUGCAAGAACAAGAACAGGCGUACACAAUGCUCGAAACCAUCGAAAGCGAUAGCAGCGAAGAAGAAGAAGAUGAUGCUUCCUCCUCUAAUGAAAACUAUGAUCAAGACGAUACGGCUUUCUUCCAAAGCAGAGAAUUCGAAACAGAGUUCGGGUUUCUUGAGAACGAAGACAGCGGCAGCAGCAGUGACCAAGAAAUGGAUGAAGAUGAUUUUGAUGUGGAUGAGCUAACUUAUGAGGAGCUGAUUGCACUUGGAGAGUUCAUAGGGGAAGAGAAAAGAGGCCUGCCCACCAAUGAAAUUUCCACAUGUUUGCAGCCCUACACAAGCAAAUCACCAUCAUCUAAUCAAACCAAGACCGGCAUUGACAGAUGUGUGAUUUGCCAGAUUGAGUAUGAAGAUGGAGAAGCCCUGGUUGCAUUGUCUUGCCAACACCCUUAUCAUUGGGAUUGUAUAAGCAAGUGGCUUGAGAUUAAAAAGAGCUGCCCAAUUUGCAGCAUAGAAGUUUCAUCAACAUCAUCAUCCAAAACCAAGAACAUAUAG